AGAGGGGAGACAAUCAAGAUGCUGUGAAAAACCCAAAGAAAAAGUUAAAGAAGAAGAAAAAGAAGCUGAAGAAAGAAAAGAGGGACAAUAAUGAGAAACCGCCUCAAGUACAGAAACCUGUAAGAUCUCCUAAGAAGAAGACAGAAGUCACCUCAGAUUCAUCACAAGACAAGGACAGAGUGACAUCCAAGGAGGAAAAAGAAGACAAAAAUGCCGGAAAACAUUUAACAGAUUGGACUAUGGAUGAGUUUAGAUCUCUCUUAGACUCGUUGGAGUCAUCCAUUAAGCAGCCCUCCCCACAACACAACAGACUGCCAGAGUCAGUGUGGGAGGAGGUCAAGGUCGAAAAUCAUUCUCCUGAUGUUUGCAGAGCUGCCUGGACAAAAAUUUGCCAUGUGACAAAGACCCACAUGAGCCUGCAGCAGAUGAUUGAUGUAGCUCGGGACUUGAUGGAGAAAAACAAAAAUGUCAUCAAGAUACUGAUAGGAAACAAAGAUCCCAAUUUUCCAAAUGCCCCUUCUGUUCAUCGAGCCAACAGUUAUAACCUGUAUACCAAGCGCCGUUUGGAGGAAACGCCCAGGCCAACAUUCAAGGAGAUCGCAGAAGGGUGGAAGGUGCUAUCAGAGAGGGAGAAACAGGCGUUU